AUCGCUCUCUUCGCUUUGGCCGCCGCGUCAGCACAGAGCCCCACCAAAGCAAACAGCGGCACGGGCAAACCCUCUCGCCGAUCCGGCGACGGCGACGGCGACGGCGGCCAUGGCGCAGACGGACGGCGGCGCCGACGACGACCCCUCCCCGCCGCCGGCCGUCGCGUGGCCGGAGGACGGCGCGCUGACGCGGGACUGGGUGGCUGGCCUCACCGCGACGCUCGACUGGUGCUCCCGCAGCCUCCCCGCGGACCGCCUCCCCGGCGUGCUCCCCGCGGCGCUCGUCCAGCGGCUCGUCCUCGCGGCCUCCGUCAUCCUCCACCGGGAGCCCAACCUCGUGCGGGUCGACCCGCGGCCCGACCAGGCCGUCGUCGUGGUCGGGGACGUCCACGGCCAGCUCCACGACGUCAUCUUCCUGCUCCAGGACGCCGGGUUCCCCUCCGAGGACCGCAUCUUCGUCUUCAAUGGGGAUUAUGUGGACCGCGGCGCCUGGGGACUCGAGACCUUCCUCCUGCUCCUCGCUUGGAAGGUUUUACUUCCAAAUUCCGUGUUUCUUUUGCGGGGAAAUCAUGAAUCCAAGUACUGUACAUCAGUAUAUGGUUUUGAACAAGAGGUAAAUUUUAAAUACAAAGGUCAAGGUCCUCAAGUUUAUCGGAAGUUCUUAAGAUGUUUUGAAGACCUUCCUCUAGCAACAAUAAUAGCAGGGUGCGUCUACACUGCCCAUGGAGGGAUUUUCCGUGGGACGAUUGCAAUGCCAACAAAAAGAACAAAAAAGGGAAAGAAGGGCAAUAAAUACAAAGCAAAUUCAACUGUUGAUCCAACUUUGAUGAAGCUUGGAUCCUUGGAUGAGUUAUUGAAAGCAAGGAGAACUGUCCUUGACCCUCCAUGGGAGGGUUCAAAUUUGAUUCCUGGUGAUGUUCUUUGGUCUGAUCCUUCCUUGGAGAUGGGUCUUUCCUCAAAUAAAGAAAGAGGCAUUGGCUUGCUUUGGGGUCCAGAUAUCACUCAACAGUUUCUAUAUACAAAUAAUUUGAAGUUAAUCAUCAGGUCACAUGAAGGUCCAGAUGCAAGAGAUAAGAGACAUGAUCUUUUAGGAAUGGAUAAUGGAUAUACAAUUGAUCAUCAUGUAGAAUGUGGAAAACUAAUAACUCUUUUCAGUGCUCCCGACUACCCGCAGUUUCAGGCUUCAGAGGACCGUUACAACAAUUGUGGAGCAUAUAUUGUCCUCAAUCCACCCGAUUUUUCCACCCCUGUUUUCCAUAGCUUUGAAGCUGUAAAACCUCGACCUGCGGCGAAUCCCUACUAUGAUUUUGAAGAUGUAAUAGACUCAGAUGAAGAGUUAAAUUUAGGCGCUAUGGACAGUGGCUCCGCGAGCAGUUGAUCACAUCUUUUG